AUGAAGGUCUUAAUCUCCCUCUCCUUACUACUGAGUGUUCUCCAAGUUCACUGUCACCACGUCCCAGGACAGCCUAAGGACUCUGAAGGUCAUGAAGAUAAAAUUAUAUUUGAACCCCCACAUCCUUCUGUGGAAGAAGAACAGGGUCAGAACUUGACGUACGCUCAUGAGAUUGCUCCCAGUAAUGCCAACUUUGCAUUUAGAUUCCACAAACAAAUAGCUUUAGGUGAAGCUGCCAAAAAUAUUUUCUUCUCUCCAGUCAGCAUCUCAAGCACUUUUGCAGCACUGACGCUGGGUGCCAAAUCUGAAACACAAAGCCAAAUUUACAAAGGACUUGCUUUUAACCUUUCAGAGACUGAAGAGCACAAAAUACACAAAGGAUUCCAUCAGCUCAUCAGUGCCCUGAAUGAUCCAAACAACAAGGCCCUGAUUAACACAGGGAACGCCUUAUUCAUAGAUGAGCCACUGAAAAUACUUCCGAAAUUCCUGGAAGAUGUCAAAACCUUGUAUGGAGCUGAAGCCUUUUCAUCCAACUUCCAGAAUUCAUCGGCAGCUAAAACCCAAAUAAAUGAUUAUGUGCAGGCCAAAACUCAUGGGAAAAUACCCCAUGCGGUUGAUGAGCUUGAUCCAAGUACUGUGAUGGUUUUACUGAACUACAUCUUCUUCAAAGGUAAGUUGAAAGAAAGAUAAAUAAAUUGUGAGUUUGUAAAAAAAAAUCUCCAGGCAUCUUCUAAUCUGCUUUGCUCUGCCACUGGCUUUUGUAAUUGCAAUACUGGAAUAAAAUAAAAAAUAAAAAAGAAUCUUCAGGCAUCCUCAGAAUAAAAAGGGUUUUGUAGAUGCAAAUUAACAGCCAUACAGGCACACAGGCAGGUGUAAUAAAAUUACCAGUAAUUAAGGGGAGUUUUGGUUCUGAGCUAGAAUGAAAGUCAUAGCAUGGAAUCAUAGGGGGUUUUUUAAUUAAAGAAAUGGGGGGGUAGAGAGACUUCCCCAUUCUUUUAUGUUGGGUUAUGUGUUGGGUCUUUCAGCUUGUUCAACAUCACAAAGGGUCAACAUGGAAGCAGGGACACUUCUAAUGGACAAUAAGAUGUGAUCUGUGCUUACCUCUGCUUUACUAGUGUAGGGGUAGAAAACUUCUUCUCCACAAGCUAGAUGCAUCCCUCCAGACUUCCUUAUCCAUUCCUCAGGACUCUUCCCAGACCAUAAUCCCUUCCUCAGGGUCAUGUCUCCCACUGGCCCUGCUCUGUAUUUUCUUCAACACAGAGAAUCGUAUCCCCCAGGCUGCACCCCUCAGCCUUCCUGUUCCACAUCCUCCAUGCAUUUGCAUGGCAGGAAUGUGUCCUUGAGGUGUGGCAAUACCUCCUGAUUCCCUGGAUCAAGGAUAGAGAGAUCGGUGGGGAAGUCUUUCUCUGAGCAUUUUUACCUCUGGCCCCAACUCACCAUUGACAUGUUGCCCUUGGAAGAUUUCCCAGGAGAAAUUGAAGCCCUUAGGCUUAAAAAGAUGGUCCUCCAUGGCCCUGAUGAAUUUCACGAUCCAUUUACUCGGUUCUUGGAACUUUUCUUUUCUUUUCUCCCUUCAAAGCCCAUUGGAAAUAUCCUUUCAACACUCACUUUACAAAGGAAGAAGAUUUUUUUGUAGAUGCAAACACAACUGUGAAAGUCAACCUAAUGUAUCGAAAUGGCUAUUACAACUUCCUCCAUGAUGAAGAGCUGUCUUGCUCAGUGGUGGAAAUUCCAUACAAAGGAGAUGCCAGUGCAUGGUUCAUUCUGCCAGAUGAAGGGAAAAUGAAGCAGGUGGAGGAUGGCUUGAGCAUGGAAUUUCUGGAUAGAUGUAAAAGAUCCUUCAUAUAUGAGUAAGUCUCCUAUGUGCUGUUAUUAAACUGUUGCUGCUGUUGAGCUGAUAUUCCAUGGCAUUUCUCCUUUGGCCAUUUUGGGGAGAGAGGGCAAAACAAAACUACCACCACCACCCCAAGAAAAAGAGCGGCAGAGAAGGUGGGAGGAGACAUUAUGAGACAUUUCAUGAGGAUGGAAGUGUGGAGAUUUGUGCCCUUUUUCUUACUAUCUUUUACAAUGGGGGGGGAAACCCUAUAGCCCUCAAGAUAUUGUUGGACUACAACUCCCAUCAGCCCCAGCCAGCACAGUCAAUGGUCAGGGAGGAUGGGAGUUGUAGUCCAAAACAUAUGGUCAACCAGAGGUUCCUCACUCCUGUUUUACAAGCAGGCCAUGAGAAACAAUCAGAAAGAAACACCCUCACUUUCUCAAGGGAUGAGGAAUUUUGGGUAAUGUGGGUGGGGUUUGGCACAGUGCUACCUUUAUUAUAGAUAAUGCCUUUACAGUACAGGACAAGAGUCAUCAGUUUUGAAACCUAACUUGGAUACAUAGGAAGCUGCUUAUCCCGAGUCAGACCACUGAUCCAUCUAGUAAGCAUAGUCGUAGGCAGCAUUCACGUGACAGCUUAUUCCAUUUUCAAAAUAUUCUCUUAAUCAUUAAGUUUCUUGUUAUAUGUGAGCUUUCACGUGAUAUAAAAGACAUGUCUGGAACUAUAGGAAUUAAAGGAGAGAGAUGCAGGGAUUGUAGAGUCCCAUCUACAAAUGUCUGCAGUUGUUUGGCAACCAAUUCAUUUAUAUUUUAAACUUAAUAUAAAUGUAUUGUUUUGGAACAAAGUAAAAAUCCAUUGUAUGGAGGUCAGUUCUUCAUAACCACCAUUUCUCCCCAGUUAUGGUCCUCCCUGAUGCUAAAGUGCAGCCUCCCCCAACCUGGUGCCUUCCGGAUUGGGCAGCCCAUCACGAGCUAACUAAAGUUGAUGGCAAUUUCAGUCUCAAACAUCUGGAUGGCACCAGGUUAGGAAAGGCUCCUAUAGAAGACGAAUAACAGAAGCAGGAGGUGAGCAAAGAAACCACCCUGCUAUUGAUACACCAGCAUACAAAUCCACUACUUGCCCCUGUUUAAUUGUACAUACCAAUGUUAUUUGCACUUCUGGAGGUAAUCUAAACAAAAUUAUUUGCGCUCAUAAUUUAAUGUUUGGAUUUUGCUGUCCAUGUGUUAAUCAGAGAAAUGCACCUGUACCUUCCAAAAAUUUCCAUUUCUGGAUCCUAUGAUGUCAAAAACACUUUGCAGAGAAUGGGUGUGACUGAUGUCUUUAGCGACAAGAAUGCUGACCUGUCUGGAAUUACCGGGGAACCCAAUCUGAAAGUUUCCAAAGUAAGUAUGUGAGGGGGUCUUUAGAAAAGCAUUUCAUGAGAGAUGAUCUGGUUGUGGGCAUUAUUAUUGUGACUACUAUUAUUUGUGCCCUUUCACUCGGCAUGUGCAUUAGGAUGAACGCCAAGGUGGAGGUCGCUUGUCAAAUUCAUAUACCCAAGGUGUUCAGAGCGAAGGGGAUGAUUGUUUCCAAUCUUUGUCUCCACCGCCUCAGGCAAUGCAUGCAAACAUGCCCAGGAAUAAGGAGAGCUUUCAUCCCUCCUGCAUUAGGUAGCUUCCAUGCCCAGACUAUACUUUGUUUUGGUUAAUGUGGAUUCCUUAUUCUGCAGGUCUUCAGAAUCAUUAUAUUUUUAAAAAAUAAAUAUACCCUUUCUUCCAUACAUUUGUGUCUUGAGUCAUCUUGUGGAUGUGAUGGCAAUGCAUUAUUCUUAAUCUAUGUUGCCAAGACAUUUGGAAUACUACAUACAAUUCAAAUCCCCACACCUUAAACAAAACACUGUAGACUAGAAAAUAGUUCAGAAAAGGCCAUCUGAAACAAUUAUAGGGUAAAGCAACGGCCUAUAGAAUUGUAGAACUGUAGAGUUGUAGAAUUGGAAGGGACCGUCAGGAUCAUUUAGUCCAACUAACUGCAAUGCAGCUGUCGCAUGUGGGGAUCGAACCUGCAAGCUUGGCAUUAUCAGCACCAGGCUCUAACCAACUGAGCCAUAGGAGAGCUUACAAUGUAGAAGUCGGGACAAUGAAAGUAAAUAAAUAAGAGGUGACAUGAUAGUUCAGAAAAGGGCGUCUAAAAGGAUUGUGGGGGUAGAGGAACUCCCUGUUUAUUUGCAGGGGCAGGGAGAGUGGAGGCAAAUAAGGGGCACAAUAGAGGUGGAGAAGGGGGAAAGAGGGAAGAUCUUACCAUUCAUAAUCCUAGAACCCAGAGUCACCUGGAACUUUUGGAUAUUUACAUGGAAGACAGAGUUAGUUACCCUUCCAGCACACAUGUUAUGGUAGGCUUUCCUCCAUCACAUAUGAAGACAAGUAAUAUGUCACUAUUUCCCUCCAGGCCAUUCACAAGGCUGUCGUGGACAUUCAUGAGGGUGGCACUGAAGCCGCCGGAGUCACAGUUAUAGAGCUUUCACCAAGGUUUGGAGGUCUUGCUCCUAAUCCUAUCUUUAAGAUCAACAGACCCUACCUCUUUCUAAUUAUGGAAAAGAAAACACACAGUGCCCUCUUCUUAGGGAAAAUUGUGAACCCAACUGAAAAAUGA